UAGUAAUAUUAAUGCAUUUAAAUAAUGUUUAGGUGAUCGACACUGUUUUUAAGGUAUAAUUUUUUAAUCUGUAGAUACACAAAAUAUAAUCUACUACGAGUGUCAGAAUUUAAAGAAAACUGUUUUCGUUAUUUAAACCUGUAAUCUUUACCAGUUUUGUGGUCUCUAAACAGCAAUAAAUAAUGUUGGAAGGCCUAGUAGCAUGGGUCUUGAAUACUUACCUAGGAAGAUAUAUAGAGCUCAAUACAGAUCAACUCAGUAUUGCACUAUUAUCAGGAAAAGUAGAGUUGGAAAAUUUACCCUUAAAAAAAGAUGCGCUUCGAUAUUUAGGAUUACCAGUUGAAAUCAAAACUGGUUUUAUAGGGAAAAUUCAAUUGCAAGUACCAGUAAGUCAGAUUAGAUCAGCACCGUGGGUUAUAGUUAUAGAACAGUUAUGUUUAGUCGCUACUCCUUUAUCUUUAGACCACUGGGACUGUGAAGCAGAAGAUUUAUCUAGGCAUGAAAUGAAGUUGACUGCUCUAGAUUCUCUUGAAGCUGAAUGGAGACUUGGAAAAUAUGGUCAGGAUUACAACUCAGCUUACUAUUCAUCCAGUUAUUCUUCAUGGUACAGCUAUGGAACAGGUCUAUUAUCAGAUAUAAUAGAAAAUUUACAGUUGCGUGUACAAAAUAUUCAUAUUAGAUAUGAAGAUUCAAUUAGCCUUCCAAACCAAGCAUUUGCUUGUGGUUUAACAUUAGGAUCUUUAAUAGCACAAAGUUGUGAUCAGAAUUGGCUACCAAAAUUUGUCCAUCCUGGUCCAAAUGAAGAUUCUUUUAAAAUUCUUGAAUUGAAAGAAUUUGGAUUGUAUUGGAUGAACAUGGAUGAAAAUGAAAUUUUAUCAUCUUUAAAUGUUGCUAACCUUGCAGAGGCAAUGAGCAGAGGUAAAUUGGAUAAAAAUACGAAAAAUUAUUUACUCCCUGGUGUAAGUGCCCAAGCUCAUUUGAAAAGAAAAAGAAGUAGCGAACCGUUAAGAUCCUCCAUACCGAGAUAUGUUUGUGAUCUCUUAUUAGAAGAAGUACAUUUAUCUUUAGUAGAUUGGCAAUAUAACCAAAUUGUGAACUGUAUUCAUGGACUGCGAGACAUCAAUCGUUUUAAAAAAUAUCGUCGAUACAAACCAACAGCUUCUGUUAAACAAGACGCAAGAGCUUGGUGGUUUUAUGCAAUCAGCUGCAUUUAUCCCACAGGAGAACAACCAUCCAUUUGCAGGCCAAAACCCUCUUGGGAUUUCUGUUUAAAAAGAGCCAGGGAAAAUGUUAAAUAUGUUCAAAUAUGUAAAAAGAUUUUGACAGUACCUAGUACUACCAUAUCUGCCGAUGAAAAAAAAAUUAAAGAGGAAGUGGAAUGGAGUAGAGAAUAUGAAGACUUAAAAAUUUUGAGAAAGAUAGCAAUAGAUUCCGUAAAAUUACCUCAGUUAAAUUCCAACAAUGAAAAUGAUUCAUCGAAAGGAAGAAAUCUUUUAGUGAAGUGGUUUCCUAAUUGGAUGGGUUGGUACUCCACGUCUAAUGAAACAACAACAAUGCUUCAAUCAGAUGCAACUCAAUUAGAAGGAGAAAUUUUACAAGUUUUGGCCGAUACAGCAGAAGACAAUACAAACCUAAAAAGAGAUGCAGUAUUUGGAAAAUUCAAUUUUUGCUUAAAAACAGGAACUCUGGGAUUGUGUACUAUGAAUAAGUCUACAAAUGAAAGCUCGUCAUUGUUGGAAAUGGAAUUUAAAAAUUUUGUAUUAGGAUUUGUAAGCAAACCUCGCUCUAGGUCCCACAUAAUUGAACUAUCUUUGGAUGCAUUAUUUUUGAAAGACAAAAUAAGUUUAAAUACAAUGUUUCCUAUUGUGAUGGGCCCUUCUGGAAUUGACAGAAAAUCAUCAACUCGUUUCAGAGGUCAUAAAAAAAGUAGUUCAAACAAAUCAGAUUGUUUUAACGACCGUUUAUUUUAUUUAGUUUAUGAAAAGAAACCUCCCAACUCCAAAACCGAUUUUAGAUUAAGUGUUAAAUCGGAAAGCUUGGAUAUAGUAUAUCAACCAAAUGUAGUGAAAUGGCUUAUAGAAUUUAUGUAUUUGCCUAUCCAACGUGAUGUAGCUCAAUUUCAGUUAGAGGCUGUGAAGCUCAAAACUAAAAAAGAGUUGAUGAAAAAUUGGGAAAACAUAUUUUCAGCAGGAACGGUAACCCGAUCCACAUGGGAAUUGGAAUUAGAUAUAACAGCACCUCAGAUAAUAUUAGUAGAACAAUUUAGUGAUCAAAACUCUGCUAUGGCUGUGAUAGAUUUUGGAAAAUUGCAAUUGAGCAAUAGUGUAGAUACUGCAACUGACAAUAAAACAGAGAUAGCAGCAGAUGCUAAAGUUGGGGAUGAUGAUGAUGACGAAAUGUACUUGACACCUUGUUCGACGCCCCCUGUUAGUGAAGGAAGUAUUUCUGGUGAGCAAACAAUAUCUGGGGAACCUGAUAUAGAAAAUAAGACAAAUUUAUUAAAUGAAAUGAAUUUGCACAGGAAACUUUACGAUUCUUAUUGCUUAGAGUUAAAAGACUUACAAAUUUUGAUUGGACGAGCAAAGGAUAAUUGGAGAUUUGCUUUGAAUAAAGGAUCAUCAAAUUUACAUGUUUUGGAUAGAUUCAGUAUAUCUCUACAAAUUGAACGACGAGUCGUAUAUACUUCAGAUCCUCUUUAUCCGAGUUUUAUUUUAAACGCACAUCUACCUAAAUUAAUUACCCACUUUAACGAAAAUAACAUAUCUUCGGCUAGAAACUUGAUACAAAUGCUAUCAAUGACACUAUUACCGCCGUCUUUUAAAAUUGACAAAGAUGCUGGCCUUCAUUCAAAAUCUGAACCAGGUAAAAUUCGCAUCUUUGAUUUUAAAAAUGUUUGCUCAAACUUUUUCUUUAUAGAUACUGGUCUCAACAGUGGGAGUGGAGAUUCAAGUCCAUGCAACGAAAUAGAACAAAAUAAUUUGAUCACUAUGCAGUUUACUGUUGAUCAAAUGUCUUUAGAAAUCCAAAGUAGAGGUCGCAGUAUAGCUGAACUUCAAAUUGCUGGAGUCAAAUUAACAUUUUCAAAACAUUCCGUCGAAAUGUCUGUGACUUUAACUGUUCAUAGUUUGUUGUUAGCUGAUGCUUUACAGACAUUUGGUACUGAUUUUGAAUUAUUGGUGGCAAGUCAUAAGCAUGUUGGAAUGGAUUCUACAUCUGGUAGCAUUAGGGAUAGUGAACCAACAUCUCCCACAUCACCUGCUAGUCCAGACUCAACGUAUUCUAGAAAUGGUGCUACAUCUCCACUAGCUUUAACACAAGCCUUAAAUACUUUGGCUACUUCACCAAGAGAUGCUGGAUUUGCUAAAAAUAUUGUUGAACUUGACUCAGAGGCUUUAAUAUCAAUAGAAUUGCAAGUUAUAACUGGUUCAAAUCCAAUGCAAAUUGCGAAGAUACAAUUCAAUAAUUUGGAUAUCAUAGCAAAUCAACAGACUCUAGUAGAAUUAGUUGGUUUCUUCAGAAGAGUUUUUCCAGAAUCUCACAAUACUGUCAAUAUUAAAAGUAAUAGUACAUUUAAUAUACAAAAAUCAACAGAAUCAUUGCUUGAGGAAUCUUUGAAUCCUGUUGGGAAUACCCAAAUAAUGUUUGAUUUCCAUCGCUUAAAUGUUCUUUUAUUAAGAGGUGUUAUUAAAGAUGGAAAUCUAUAUGGUAAAAAGAUUGGAACGGCCACAAUGAGUUCAGCAAAAAUACAAGCAACAAUCAGUUCGAAAUUUGAAUUGGAAGGAUCUCUGGGUAGCUUACAAGUACUAGAUUUGACACCUGAAGGCCAAACCCACCAAAAUAUAUUGAGUGUGGGUAGUGAUCCAACUUCAGACAAUACUCAUUUGAUAUAUACAAUUUCAGCCGAGGAAAACACAGCAUUCAAAUUUAAAUUUAUUAAAUCAAAGGAAAAAGAAGCUCUAGAUGUAAUAAUUCGUAUGGCUUCGGUAUGGUACACUCAUUCUCCAUAUUUUAUAUGUGAAAUUCAAUCCUGUGCUUCAGAAUUCAAACAGUAUUUGUCAAAUUUGGCCAAAACAAUAAGGACAGCAGCUACAGAUAUGGCUUUAGGUUUAGUGCAUGUUAGAACUGAAGCAUUAGCUCAGUCUUUGAAUCUAAGCAAAAAUCUCCCAAAUUCUGUAUAUAGCAGUGCCCUUACUCUGAAUGAAAACUUCACUCCUACUAGGAACAAAUCAUCCACAUUUACAUCAGCUAAAGAUUCGAUGGUUUCGACGCCUACUAGUCCCAACGAUGAAAACAAUUUAAUGUUAAAUGUUAAUCUCGACAUUGAGUUUGACAGUCCAGUUAUUGUUUUACCAAGAAGUAAUAUUAGUAAUGAAGUAUUUGUAUCUCACUUAGGUAAAAUAACUAUUAAUAAUAACUAUGCCGAUGAAGGUUAUCACAGAAUCGAAUUUUACAAUAUAGAUGUACGGGACAUGAACAUAUUUUCUUUGAAUAUAAAAAGUAGAAAAAUGUUAGAACAUAGAAGUAAUAGACCUGAAUUAAUUUAUAGUUGUAAAAGUGACGCUAUACCUAUUUUACAUGAUACAAUACUUCAACUAAAAAUUGAAAGAGUAAUGAAUAGAAUAGUGAACUCUUGCGAAGAAGAGUUUACAUUUGAUGAAGACAUGAAAAAUAAAAGAACUGUACAAAUAUCUGGAAAUAUAGUCACAGCACUUAAAGUGUCUUUAAACAGGUCGCAAUAUAGACAAAUCUUAGAUACAUUGAAUUGGUUGUCAUCUGCUAAUCGUAACACCAAAGAAUAUUCUCAAACGCAAUCAAGACCGAAUUUCGUUUUAACAGAUAUUAAAGAGGAAGAUACAGGUAUAAGUACCCUUAAUAUGGAUCCACAUGUUAGAGCUAAAAUGUUCCAGAAUUUUUCUACAUUUAAGAAAAAUCGAUCGCCUCCUACUGUGACCGAAAUUAAAAUGUGUUUUGAUAUAUCCUUAUUUACAGUUGAAGUUAUCGCAUCCGAAUAUAACCGUUUCAAUUUAUCAUUUCUAGAUUUUGCAUUUAGAUAUGAUAAAUGUAAUGAUUAUGAAACAAAUAUUCAAAUAUCAUUAAGAUCUAUAUUCAUGGAAGAUCUUCAACAACCUGUCAAUAGCAGACACAGAAUUAUUGUAACGUCAACAGCUAAUAAUGAAUCAACAUCAAGUCAUUCUUCGGCAUCCAGAUCUUGUCCAGAUGUCAUGUACCCUCCUUAUUUAAGAAGAGCUUCACAUAAUUCUCUACCCGAUCAUCUAGAAACAUAUGGUAUUCAAGAUAAUAAUUCUUUUCACAAUGCAGAAAAUAUUGUAAAUAGUGAAGAAUGUCCAGGUACUCCACCACCUAGUCCAGAAGUCGGUAGGACUAGAGCUGAAAGGAAUUUGGUAAUAGUUAGCACUCUUUUAGUAGAUUCAAAUGCACCUAACUUCUAUGAACAGUAUAAUGGAGUUCAAAAUGCUACAUCUGUUGAUUUCAAUUGCUUGGAUCUCAUAAUAAGCUGUAAAUCAUGGGUAGUCGUUUUGGAUUUCUUUAGUUUGCCUCCUGAACCUGUUGUAAUAAAUUUAGAGUCCCAAGAUGAUGUAAAAAAUAAGCCUAAAAAGGAUAUAAACGUGACCAAUAUCAACGUCAAAUCAUUAAAUAUUGUAAUAGCAGAAAGAGACAGGGAAAUAGCUAAAGCUAAUGUUUCUGAUGUCGAAAUUGAAAUUAAAACGACAGAUAGCUCCAAAGACGUUGACGGAAAAUUGGGAUCUUUAUCUUUACUCGAUUUAACGACGAGCGGACAAUUGUAUAGAGAUAAAUUUUUAACAUGUGGAAAACAAGCUGUUCUUUUCAAAUAUUCAAGAUAUCCCCCUGGUGCUAAGAAAGAUUAUGACGCACAAUUAUCUUUGGAAAUGGCAUCUGUGAUAUACGUACACACAAAAAGAUUUAUUGCAGAAAUUUCAGCAUUUUUCAAAAAUUUUUCUGAAAGACAGCAAAUGGUACUCAAAGGUAUUCAGGCUGCUACCAGUCGACAACUUAGUCGAGAUGAACCAUUACGUCUAUCAUUAAUGAUUGAGGCAAAAUCUCCAAUGAUUCUUUUACCCGUUAGCUCCAAAUCAUCAAAUUUAAUAGUGUUCGAUUUAGGACAGCUCAUUGUAACAAACUGUUUCAAAUUAUCUGGAGAUAAAGAUACCAUUAGUUUGGUUUCACAAGAUUCUGACAGAAAGUGUCUGUUGGACGUUAUGUCAAUAAAUUUGGAAAAUACGGAUGUAUACAUGGCAGUUAAAACUACCCAACGCAGUCCGGAAAAGCGAUUGAAGUCUAGCUGUUUCAAUUUAGGAAAUAGUAGAAUUACAAAGAAUGGACCUUCUUUGCUUACAAAAAAGUUUCAACUUAAGUUACAAAUCGAACAAAAUCUUGAAAAGAAGGAAAUCCAAAUUGUUCCUGAUAUGAGUAUAUAUGGUCAAUUAUCAACUUUAGAUGCUGCGAUUGAUUUAAAUCAAUAUAAGUUGAUUAGAGGUUUAUUGACUCAUAACUUAGGUGAAGACACUGAGGAAAUAAAUCCCUCAGUGCCGCCAAACUUGAGAUCUCAAGGCGAUAGUAGUAGACAUUGGACAUUGUCGUUUAUUAAAUUGGAUUUACAAAAUGUAACUUUGUCACUAUCAAAAACACAUUAUGAAAAUUCUCAUCUGAGCUGCAUUAAUUUUAUCAAAUCCCACCUUACUAUAGAAACAUUCAGUAAUUUUUGCCAAGAUAUUGAUUUAGUAUCUAAAGAGAUAGUUAUUAAAGAUACACGCCAAGGAGGCAACCCUAACGAAAAAGUGAAUGUAUUCACAAAUAUUCUGCAACCAAUAAGUCAACCUACCAACUCAGAACAAGUUCAAGCAGAAAUUCAUAGUAGAAAAAGACAAAAUUUCACAAAAGUUACCAUUUUAUUUAACAAUUUACGAUUGAUGGCUAUUUUCGAUUGGUGGGAAUCAUUUUUGAGUUAUAUUGGGCAAGAUUUCGAUAACGGUGUCGAUACAGAACAAAAAAUUCCAAUAUCUACCAAAACAGAAGGCGAAGACUCAGAGUUUGAACUGAAACUAAAUGUAACAGAUUCUGAACUUGUCAUAGUGGAAGAUUCUUCACAUUGGGAUACUAAUGCUGUCAUUUUAAAGAGUACUACUGUCUUAAAUUAUCACCCUUCAGGGCUAUCAAAACCGCUUACUUGUAAUCUGAACAACUGUGAGAUGUUUUCUUGUAUAUUGGGAUUGGAAGAGGAAACAGCUUUAUCUAUUAUUGACCCAGUUACCCUAAACAUAGAUAUUAAUGAAAAUGGAAUUUUAGAGGUUCAGCUACAAUUUUUUAUUGUUAGAUUGUCUUAUCACGACAUGCGUAUGUUUUUGAAAAUAUUAAAUUCUUUACCGGAACAGAUAUUUCUCAGUAAAAAAGAUAAAUCUGGAAAGAAAGCAAAUCAAAUAGUCUUGUUAACUGGAUUAGGAUUUAAACUUGAGGAUUGUAAGGAAGCUUUAGAAAAAUGUGGAUAUCGACUUGAUGAUGCUGCACUUUGGUUAACAAAUACUAGAAGACCUUAUACUAGAGUGUCGUCUAAAAACUCUAUACAUAUUUCUGCUGUUGAGGUUAAGGCAAACCGCAUAUCUCUUUGUAUUAUCGACGAUUGCGGAGAUUCAGAUGUGCCUUUGUUAGAAUUAUCAUUUUCUGAUGUACACUUUAAUCAGCUAUUUCCUGAACUCAAUAUCAAAGAUCCAAUAUAUCCGCAAGGUUAUAUUAAUGGAGAUUUAGCCAUUGAUUAUUAUAAUAGAGUGCUAUCAGGAUGGGAACCCAUAUUGGAACCCUGGAGGUGUAAAGCGAAUGGAGAACAAACUAAUUUCCAAAUUCCGCCAAAAAGUCUAUUAUCGUUGAAUGUGGAGUCUGAAGAAAUUCUUAAUAUAAAUAUAACGUCGACAGUCAUGGAACUUUUUGAACAGGUAAAAGUAAAUUGGGUGAAGGACUAUAAUACCAUAAACCAGGGAAGGACUGAUGACUUAUCAGCUAAUAAUUCUGCUAACUACAGAAGAAGAUCUCCAUUUGUACCAUAUGCUUUAAAAAACCUUACAGGAAGCGCAUUGCAAUUUAGCACUUAUGUAUCAGAAUUGGAUGAUAAUAAUUCUAAAUUGAUUGGCGUGCAGAAUGAAAAUUGGUUAUGUGUUGAUCCCGGAGAAACAGUACCGUUCUCUUUUACAGCACGAGAUAAAAUGAGACAUCAGAAUUCCCAUAAAAUGAGAAUGCAUCAAAUAAAAGUGAAAAUUGAUGGUUGGAACUGCUUAGAACCUGUCACAGUAGAUAGGGUGGGAGUAUAUUUUAGAGAUACUUGUGCGGAAUUUCAUACCAGAGCAUCAGAAUUACCUCACACACGAAUAGUUUUUGAUGUAACUUUGGAAGGUUCUGCUAGAAAAUUAGUAACUAUUCGCUCUGCUUAUUUUCUUGUUAAUAACCUACCACAUAAAGUUGAUAUAAAAUUGGAAAGUAAAUUACCAAAUGAUGAAAUUACAAAUGCUUUUUGGGUAGCUAGUCAGUUAUUUACAGUUGACACUAAUGGAACUCUAGCUAUUCCAUUGUCUCAUUCACAUUCUCAGAUUAAUAUCAGGCCUGCACAAUCUCCACAACAUUAUACAUAUUCAGUACCCAGCUUAACUUGGACCCAGAUGCCAAAUGUGACGGAUCGAAUCUUUCAAUUGGCUACUUGUCAUUCUCAUAAAGGACAAAAUUACAGAUUUUACACAGAGAUUGUGAGACAAGGAGUUUUAAUAUCGAACCGAAUGAAAUAUGAACCAGCACAUACAAUAUAUUUAUUACCAGCGGUCGCAAUUGAAAAUUUGUUACCUGUAGAUAUGCAAUAUACAAUAGCUGAGCAAAAUGGUGUUAUUAAAGCCGGAGGCAGUACCACCGUUCAUCAUGUUGAUCCAGAUGAGAUUGAAUUGAAAAUAAAAUUGGAAAAUUUUCGAUCUUGUAACAAUGUGACUGUUCCAGCGGGAUGUAAUGCUACAUUUACUUGUCGUGUAAAACUUGAAGAUACUCAACAAAGAAAGCUGAAUUUAUUGGUUACAGUUUCAGUUAAUAAAGGAGCAAAAUUGAAGUUUUCAGUAUCAGCUUAUUAUUGGAUAAUAAACAGAACUGGAUUACCAUUGGUCUUUCGACAAUCUGGUACAUCUGUAGUUAGUGCUGGUCAAUUUGAUGAACACGAGCAAGCUCGUAUGAUGGAACCGUUAAUGUUUAGUUUUUCUGAUCAAGAAGCAGGUCUCACUAUGAAUGCCAGAGUGGGUAAGAGAGUUAUUUGGGACGGAACUCCACAAUGGUGUGCCAAUUUUCAUGUUCAUAAAGGUACUCAAUACCGAAAACUCCAUGUAACGUUGAGAGAUGGACGCCCUGAUGUUGUUUUCAUCAUUGGUUUAGAGGUACGAACUGGAAGAGGGAAAUAUAGAAAUACUAGUAUUGUAACUAUAUCACCAAGAUAUCAGUUACACAAUAGGACAUCAUAUAAACUGUUAUUUUCUCAACUUUGUUUUGCAAAAAGUACUCAAGAACAAUCGCCUAAGUCAUGUUUGAAAGCUAUGUCGAAUUCACACAUGCCUUUUCAUUGGCCAAAUCUGGAAAAGGAACAACUAUUGUGUGUUUCAAUUGAAGAUGUACCCGACUGUUGUUGGUCCGGAGGACUCAAAAUUGAUACUAACGAUUCCAUGCAUGUCAAUAUUAGAGAUUCUGUUGGAGGUGUGUACUUUCUACGAAUGGAAGUAGUUCUGAGAGGUGCAACAUUUUUUGUCGUUUUUACCGACGCUGACACACUUCCGCCUCCAAUGAGAGUAGACAACUUUUCUGAAGUCUCCAUAAUGUUUGGGCAAAGUUGUUAUAUCGAUAUAAUGCAUAGUACAGCGAGAGCACACUCUAGCGUUCCAUAUGCUUGGGAUGAGCCAACAAAGUCACAUGCUAUAAAAAUUAUAGGUCCGGGAGGGGUUUCUAAUACCUACCAUAUGUCUGCAUUGGGACCAGCAGCAUCUUUAACUUACGAAAAUUUUAUAUACAUAGCGUUUACAGGAACUUUCAAAAAAUCAAGAACUGUAUACGAUCCUAACGACAUGGAAAAUCAAGAAUUAGUCCUAGAUGUAGUCAAGAAUUCUCGAGUUAUAUUAUCUCGAAAAAGAUUAAGUGAACGCUCUCAAUUAUGGAGGAUGACAUCUGAAGGUUAUUUAGAGCAUGAGGGUAGUAGUCCUCCGUUACACCCCGGCCAAACUAGAAAUCUAGAAAAUAUUCUUGUAUUAGACAUAGAAAAUACUGCUCCUCAACCAAAUACCUAUUUACGGUUGAUGUUAAGACGAGUGGAUCCAAGAAGACAAUCAACGCAAAAAUGGAGGUUUACGGAAGAUGGUAGAUUACGUUGUGAUCAUUAUAAUAUGUGUGUUCAAGCCAUGGAUGGCUCUUAUGGAUUACGAGAAGGUAAUGCAGCAGUAUUAGGUUUACCUCAGCCUGUAAGUUAUAAAUUUGUUAAGAACGGUUUGCCAAUAGAACAGGCAAUAGAGAGACAAUACCUACGACCAGGAUCAGGUUUACUCUCAGUUAAUAUCCAUAUGGAUGGUCCAACACAAGUAAUUUGUAUAAAAGAUAUGAAGGAGAGCAGGUUUUAUGCAACAUCAGAUGAUAAAGAAUGGGGUACAAUUUCUUUAGAUCAGCGACCAAAUUUGACAAACGUGGAUAAUGAUGAAAAACGUGAAACUAGAGAUUUUAAGUUUAAAGUAACUUUGUACGGCAUCGGAAUAAGUUUAGUUAGUAGAAAAAUGGCCGAGGAAUUGUUGUACAUUAAUUUUUCUAAUAUUGUUGGAGAGACUACAAUAACUUCAAAAUCUAAACAAAUUUGCAUCAGCAUAAAAGAUAUACAAAUUGAUAAUCAGCUUAUUGAUACAUCAGUUCCAGUUGUGGUAUACGUUACUCCUCCCAAUUCAAGAAAUAAUGAUCAAGGUUAUCAUCAUUUGCCAGCGCUGGAUUUUACUACAGAAAUAGUUCAACCACAAACAACUAUUAAAGCAGUCAUAUUUAAGCAUCUACAAUUGCGAUUGAAGAAAAUCACUUUAAUUAUUGAGGAAGUACUCCUUCUCAAACUAUGCGAGUUUUUUGAAAUGCAUACUCAAACUGAAGAAGUUGUUAAUAAAGAUCAAGACGAUGGAGAAAUUCAAAGAUUACUUACAGAAACAUCGGCUGCGCAUGCGAAAAGGUACUAUUUUGGUUUUAUAAAACUUGUACCUGAUCAAAUAAGACUGAGUGUUAAUACCGCUGGUAAACUUCCUAGACAUCUACAGAGAAUUAAGAGAAAAUUAGGAUUAACUCUAUUGAAGUUCGAAGAUGCUGCUGUUGAUUUAAAGGCUUUUGAAAGGGAGCAUCCUUUUGAAACGAGUCAAUUUUUAUUCCAGACCAUCAUCAAACAUUUUAAAGAGGAAUUGGUAUCACAAGCUGCCUUUAUAUUAGGAGCAGUAGAUUUUAUAGGGAACCCAAUAGGAUUAGUAAAUGAUGUUUCUGAAGGAUUGUCCGGAUUUUUAUAUGAAGGAAAUGUUGGAUCUUUGGUAAAAAAUGUUACUCACGGUAUGUCGAAUUCGGCUGCCAAAAUAACAGAAUCCUUAUCUGACGGUCUUGGUAAAGUAGCUAUGGAUGAUUCACAUGAAGAAAUUAGACAAAAAAUUAGAACAGUUCAUAGUGGUAGAAGUUCUGAUCAUAUUGUAGCAGGAUUUAAAGGAUUAGGUUUCGGUAUUUUAGGAGGAGCAACUGGUAUAUUUAAGCAAGUGUAUGAAGGUGCUUCUAAUGAUGGACUGCAAGGAGUUUUCUCUGGCCUCGGCAAAGGUUUGGUAGGUGCAGUAACAAAGCCAGUGGUUGGUGUAUUGGAUUUUGCUUCAGAAACUGCUCGUGCUGUGAGAGACUCUAGCAGAAGUAAAUUAUUACCACAAAGAAAUCGAUUACCAAGGUGUGUACAUGGUCCAGGUGGAUUAUUGCCGAAGUUCAAUAAUAAACAAAGUCAAGGUCAACAGUACCUUUACAGAGUGAACAAUAAGAAUUACUCAGAACAACUUAUCGCAUAUGAAAUUUUGGGCAGUGCCUCUGAAGAUUUACUUUGUAUAGUAUCUAAUGAAAUGUUACGGAUUGUAACUAGUACAAAAACUCCUGAGUUAACGCCUGUGAUAGAAUGUCCAUUGAGCGAUUUGGAAAUUUGUAAUGUCAUAAAGGAAAAGGAACACAGUGAAACCCGUUAUUACAUAGAAAUUGUGAUGCGAUACGCUGGUACUAAUGCAGCUCUAUUAGUAAAUCCAGAUCCUGUGAAAAAGCCAAGAGUCAGAUGCAGAACUUCUGAUUUGGCAGAUGCAAUUUCGAAACAAAUAAAUUACGCAAAAAGAAUGUAUAAUGAACAUCUUUAUACUUUAGUAACAGAAAAUUGUUCUAUGCUCGAAGAAUGAAUAUUUUUCUGUCACCAUUAUUUUUGUAACAAUUUUGAGAAGAGACCCAAAAUACCAAAUAAUGCUCUACUUAUUGAUUAGCUGGAUAUGCUAUAUCCAGUUUUGAGGAUUCUUCUAUUCAAUUUCAAAGAGGAUGAAAAUAUUAGGUACUAUCUAUUUUCCAGAUUAAUGCGAUAAAUUCUUGUUUAAUGACGUAUUAUGAUAGAUACUGAUGCAUUAUUGUUAAAAUGGUUUUCAUAACAAUGUUUUUUUCAACCUAGUUUGAUAUUAUUUGUGAGAAAAGUUGAUUAUCUUAUGUUUUAUUAAAAUAAAUAAGGAGAAUAGAACUGAAUAUUGAAUAUGGACUGUAAGAAAAAAUUGUGAUUCAAUUUUCACUGUUUUUAUGUUUCAGUAUGAAAACUAAUUUAUCUAGUUGUGCCAAAGUAAAACAUAUCACGUAUCCCAAAGAAAACCGUAUCAAGUCAUAAUUUAUAAUUUUUGUGCCUUAGUCGAAAACAACACCAACUAAAGGUGUACUUUAACAUUAAAUUAGUUAUUACUACUAUAUGGCAUUAGGUGAAACAGAUUCCUCAUGAAUUCAUCAACGAAAACAGUUGUAUUUUAAAAUUUUAACUUGAAACAAGAAUCAACCCUGAAUUCCCGUUGAAAAAUGUAUUUAUUGUACAUGGGAAAUAUAUGAUGUGAUAACAUUCUCCACAUUUUCCGAUCAAAUCAGUAUUAUAUUCUUACAAUAGUUUUCUCGCAAAUAGAAAGCUAAGCUAGAUUUUCUUUCUCCCUCCAAAUACAGGUUUUGUAAAAAUAUUUUAAUUUGAGUCUUUAUUUGAUUUGUUUAAUAUCAAGAUAAAGUAAAGUAAAUAAUGUCAUGUGAUCAUAUCGAAUCAAAAAUCUUUUUUGCAUUGUUCAAUUUUUGUAAUUUUUAAGUUUUGGCCUAUAGGGUCGUUAAGUUGGAAUUUCUGGAACCGUUAGUGAUGUUUAAAAUACCUAUAAAUUUUUUAAUUUUCACUAACUUUCUUCUUAAUAAAUAUUGAUCAAGGAAUUAAAAAAAAUUAUAAUAAAA